AUGUUUCAGUGGUAUAGCGAUGCUGCCCUCUGUGUAGUCUACCUAUCCGAUUACGAUAAUUCCGCCUCCUCGAGCGACCGGAACGCAAUGUUGCGCGGUGCCCGCUGGUUUAAGCGCGGAUGGACACUGCAGGAAAUUGUAGCGUCGCGAACCGUACACUUUUACGGCCAUGCCUGGCGCUGCUUCGGCACGCAAGAAACACUACGAGACGAGCUGGCGUCCAUUACGGGCAUCGACGCAGGCUUUCUUUCGCCGCCUCCGCAGCCAGGGGCUUUGGAAAUCCGUGACCUCCUCGAUGCUUUACCAGUUGGUCGACGCAUGGCGUGGGCUGCAGGCCGACAGACUACCAAACCCGAAGACAUGGCGUACUGUUUGAUCGGGCUGUUCGACGUCAGCAUGCCCAUGCUAUAUGGCGAGGGUGCUGAGAAGGCAUUUUUUCGUCUACAAGAAGAGAUCAUUCAUAACAGCAACGAUCUCAGCCUCUUCGCGUGGACGGCAGCUAACGGAUCAUCCACGUAUCGCGGCAUACUGGCUCGCAGCCCGGAUGAGUUCGCGAGCCUCGGCAAUCUUGUGCUCGAGCAGGACCUCAGGUUCAACCCAGACUAUUCCAUGUCGAAUAAAGGCCUGCGGAUUGACACCUUGUUGAAACCCACUCAAGACUCAGAAGACGUCAUCAUGCCGCUACAUUGUUACACUGCUGAAGUCCAAGGAAAGAGAAAAGUAUACCUUGGAGUAAUUCUUAAAUAUGAAGGCGCCAGCUCGUACGUCCGCGCAAGACCUUAG